CGCCCUUGUCUCCGUGUUCCGGACUCGAACGUCGCGGCGGCGGAGGGGAGCUGAGGCCGGGAAGCCGCCGGGCUGGCAUGGGUCGGAAUCGGAGCCUGUACCCCGACCUGACUACAGCUAGCAUGAUGUGGUUAUUAACCGCUCUUCAUUCACCUAUUGAUGCCUCCCAGAAAAAAACGCCGCCAAGGGUUCCAGAAAGCCCAGCUGCUAUUCCAACAACCACCACUGGAGGGCCCCAAACACCACUACGGAUCUGCACAACUUCCCAUCACUCACACUAGACAGGUGGCCAGCAAGCCCAUUGACCACAACACCAUCACUUCCUGGGUUUCACCUCAGUUUGAUACAACAGGAGAAAGCUGGUUCCCAAUGAACCAGAAACACCAUCACCGAAACCAGGCAAGACUUUCAAGUCGGAAAUCCAUCACCUCCAAGUUUCCACAUCUAACAUUUGAGAGCCCCCCGUCUUCCAGUUCAGCCACACUUGGGAUCCCCUUAACCAGGGAGUGCGCCAAUCAGUCAGAAAAGUGCAUUUCUGGAAGGCCCUUAGUUCCAGUGCUCAGUCCUCAAAGCUGUGGGGAGCUGUCCACACAUACACUUCAAAACUUACCUUACGUGUUCAUUCCACCUGAUAUUCAGACCCCAGAGUCUUCGUUUGUGAAGGAGGGGCCCAUUCCCCCAGAUCAGAGGGAAGAUAGCCUUCCAAGUGGCUCCUUUCACACCAGUACUCCCAAGACCCCAGGGCCUGGGCCUGUUCUAGUUAAAGACACUCCUGAGGAGAAGUAUGGAAUCAAGGUCACAUGGAGGAGACGACGCCACUUGUUUACUCACCUCAGGGAGAGAGGGAAGCUGAAUAAAAACCAAUUCCUUGUGAAAAAUUCACUGGAUUUCUCAGACAGCAGCAAUCUCAAGAAAUUUUCAUAGAGUUGCUAAAUUACUUUUCUGGCUCACAGAAGUGUAUGUCAGAAGAAUAAAAUGCAAAUACUGCCAAUAACAUCAACAGAAAAAAGAUAGUUUAACUAGAGACUUGGAGUCAUAAGGGAAUUUGAUUCCCAGCUUUGCUUUUUAAAAUGUCUUUUCCUAAAAAGUUUUUAGUGUCAUAAACAGUUCACUUCAAAUUUUUCUUCUAUUAACUGUUUAAAAUUUUAAAGUAUCUUAUAGUAACUUUUUAAAAUGUUUGUAAAUGGUUGCAGAAAGGUUUUAGAGAACCCUGCUCCUGAUUACUGAUCAUGCAGCAAUACUGCCUUCUCCACAAAAGGUCUUCAUUGUUUUUUUAAGCCACUAAUUAAUCCUCUAAUCACCCCAUUCAACCUAAUUCAUUCCACAUUUUUGAGUACCAACUCUUGUGUCAGGCUCAGCGGCAGCUUCCUUUGUGACAUGUUGGAUGGAAAAAUCAAAGCAAACUUUGACAUUUUAGAGCUGAGCAACCUUUUUAGACCUCUGCAACCUUGCUCAUCUGCUAAAAAGUCAGGAUGAGGAAAGGUGCCAAGCCCUGUGUUAGUGAAUACAGUGGGAUCAGGAGCAAAAAAAGGGGACAGAGAUGUUACUUAAGCUUGCUGUGUUUUGGUUAUAUUUCCAUUCAAACAAAUCUGAAAAUACCACACAGGGUGGGAAACUGAUUUCUUGUAAUGAUUGUUUAAAAUAUGUAAUUAAAUAUGGAAACUUUUUUUUAA